CCUCUACCGUUCACUUCGCGCACUGGCUGACUUCAAUGUUUCGCUGCGUCUGACAGUGUCCAGUAUAAACAAUAACCAGGAGUUUAAGGUGUUCUGUAAGUUUACUAAAUUUGAAAAUGGACCGGAAAGACACAGAAAUGAACGAUAAAGGAGUUUCAUCUUCUGCCAGCGGAGUUGUCGUCCAAGUAAGGGAGAAGAAAGGACCUUUACGCGCUGCCAUUCCCUAUAUGCCUUUUCCCGUAGCUGUCAUCUGCUUGUUUCUCAACACAUUUGUGCCCGGACUGGGUACGUUCAUCUCAGCCUUCACGGUUUUGUGCGGAGCGAGGACAGAUCUGCCCGACAGACACAUGUGCUGCGUGUUCUGGCUGAACAUCGCAGCCGCCUUCAUCCAGAUCCUCACCGCCAUCGUCAUGGUGGGCUGGAUCAUGAGCAUAUUUUGGGGAAUGGACAUGGUUAUUCUUGCAAGGCUGUAGAAGGUGCCAGAAUCCUUUGAACAAUGACUAUUAGAGCAGUCUGCUGGUAGGAGUGGAUUGAGAGCGCCACAGUAAUUGCUCCGUGUAGGCGGUAAAAGCUCCUCAUAGUAUAGUCUAUAGCGCUAAUGAAACACGGAGAUAUAGUCUUUCAGCAAUCCCUGCGAUUUUUUUCAUUUGCAUGUUGCUUUUUACUGAUCGAUUUAUAUUUCUAACCCUUUAUUUAUUUGUUUUUCUUACCUCAUGGCGGUUUGGACUGAAAGUCUCUGAAGGUAAGUGAACUUGAGAUAUGACUGUGCUGUUAAAACUUAAAACUCAUCUUCAGACCUGCCUCAAAUAAAACAAGAUGCACCACCAAAUACUGGACACCUACACACUACAUCUAUAUAUGGUUGACACUCCACGUCCGAAUGCUUAUUUUUUUUGUACACACAAUAUACAUUUACAAAUAAGUACACUUCAAGUUCAAAAGCUUCUUAUUUUAGUAUACUAGUAUACUUGAAAAUGUACCAUUUCAAUUCUACCUGCUAGGCGGAAAGUGCACUAAAAUACACUUUAAAAACUUGUUUAGUACUUUAAGGGGCGGGUGUACUAUAAAGUGUAGUACACAAUUUAUUAUUGGUUUAAGUGUACUAGUACAACUAAAUCUUUUUACAACUAAAUCUUUCUUCGUAAAGUAUUUGAGAAAUAAUACUUAAAUUUGACUUUUAAAGUCUAAAAAUAGCACACAUUAAUACGCUUUUUUGUAACUUAUAAAACUUAAAAAAAUCAUCCAAAUCCACUUUCUUCAACCAAAAAAUUCUACAUGUAUAAGAAAUUAUAAGAUAUUACAAAGCUCACGCUUAAUUUAAGCCAUCAUAUUUGUUUUUUUACCACAAAACACCAAAAAUGUUGCUAUGGUUGUCAUACAUCAGUCAUCACAAUUUCAGGAGUGACUCCCGUAUUCUAUACCCACAGUGCAAUACAUUUACAUUAUUCACUCCCACAUUUAUAUUGAUGGCUGUCGUUUCUAUAAAUCGACGUGGCCAUUAUUUUAAUAAAACAAUGCAUGACAUCAUCAUUAAUAGCGUCAAAGUAUUUGAUACAGGUCUGCCGUUCUGUUUCUCGUUUUAUCCCAUCAUCACUACACAUGCUGCAAGCUCAUUCUGAUCCAUCUCUGAUAAUGUGCCUCCUGCCAUCUGCCAGUCUCCCGUCAGUCUGCUUGAGACACUUUUUGUCUAUUAAAUGCCAGUGGAGUCAUAGCGCUCAUUAGAAUAGAAGCCCAGCAAAGGCAAGACAUCAUACGGAGUCUGCUGAGAUGCACCACAGCCGCACGCUGAGCUUUCACAAGAUAUUUCAGCAGCUUGCCUUUGUGGUACGGAAGCCAGCUUACGCUUGUCUUUAAACACGCAGCACAAUGGUUUGCAUGCAAAAGCUUCAGAUUUAAAAUGUAUUUUGACCUUAUUAAGCUGAAAGCUUUGAUGCAUUGAUUUAUUAACAGCGUUUAAUGUUCUAAUGUAAUGUUUUAUUAAGUUUAUUGGAGUCAUUAAUCCAUUUCCAUUCUAAGCCCACCCUACAGUAAAUACUACACGAUAAAGCCCACAUUUAAGUGUUGCUGGAGAUUGUUGAGUCUUUGCUAUAAAAUGCCAACCCCCUGUUAAAGUGAUAUAUGAAGAUGACAAUAUAUGAGUCACCGCUCCAGAUGGUCGAUUGAUGUGUCAAGUGAAGCUCACGUCAGGUGGUAGAUGAACAUUUCUGCUAUUUUAAUAUUUAAGUUGGUUUCAAAAUGUCCUCAAGACUUUUUAUAGGAAAUAAAACCAUAAUUUAGUGCUUAAGAUAUCUUCUGUACUGUAUGUGCCUUCUUGAAGGUCACAGAAAAGAAAUGAUCAGGAAAUCCCCAAACAAAUUAAACUUUCAUAUUGAACUAGUCCUUAAAGGGAUUGUCCACCAAAAAUAAACAAAACAAUUCAUCCAGAUUUUACGUGGAAAAACCUUUGAUUCUUUUUUCAGUGGAACACAAAAGAUGUUUUUUUGAGAAUUGUCAGAAAAGUAAAUUUCCGUCCAUACAAUGGAAGUCAAUGGGAACCAAUUUUGUUUGGUUACAAACAUUUUAUAAAAUAUAUUUUGUUUUCUGCAGAAGUAAUUUAAGUUUGGAAUGACAUGAAGGAAUUAAAUGAAAGAUUUUUCAUUUUUGGCUGAAUGAUCACUUUAAAGUACUUUGCGUUGUUGUCAUGGUUAUUGGCUCUUUAGACUUUAUAAUGGAAAGGUUUCAAGUUACGUCCCGCUAUUCAACCACCAUGUUCCAUUUCAGCCAUUCAGUUCACCCAUUUGGCUUUUUGUACCGCCCGUCUUAUAACCUCUCUAUCGCUCCUCGGUUUACAGGGUACAGGGAGCAGGCCGUCCCCCAGCAGCUCUGAUUCCUGCCCUCCAAAUCUGGCAUGCGCACCUUUCCCGUGCCAUCCGGCCAACACGUAUUGGAGCUUUGAGACGGCCAGGGAUCCAGGGAUUUCAUAUGUCGAUUCUCAGUCCAGCUCGUGUUAUAUAUAUUCAGUUACUGAAUAAAUUGACCUGACUGCUGAGGGACAGCAGAAGAGUGGACUGUGAAUCUGUCUUGCUCAUGUGAACUGUCUACCUUACACCUGUCAGGGAAAUUUCUUUAAUUCAAUCUUGCUGUGCUCUGUAUUCUUAACAUGUAUUAAGUCGACACAAAUACCCUUAUAACCUACACAUCUGUAAAGUGUAUGUAAAAGUGCUUUCAAAUGUGCAAUCAAUGUAGCUAAAAUAAAGGGAGGCUUAAAGGAAUAGUUCACACAAACAUAAAAGAAGUUCUGCCAUGUAAUUUCAAUGUUUCACCAAUGAACAACAAAAGCGGCAGUAUUUAUAAAAGCAUAAUGUCCAAAAUGAAGUUGCUAUUUAAUAAAAUAUAAAGUUAAUAGUGACCGUGUCAACAUUUUUAGGGAAAGUUAGUUAAUUACAUAUCCAAACCUAUCAAACACCUUCCGAAAUCACUGAAUAUAAUGCAGUAUUUCCUAUAUAUUUGGUGCUUUGGCCUUCUUAAAGCUUCACAUCUUUAAAGGAAUAGUUCACCCAAAAAUGGUCCCCAUUGACUAGUUCAUUUUUAUUCCUACAAUAGAAAGUCAAUGGGAACCAUUUGUGGAUUAACCAUUUCUUUAAGAAGGACAUGGUCCCCCUCCACUUUGAGUGUAUUGUAACAAAAAUAUCUUAUGAUAAGUCAUAUGUUUGAAAUAACAAAAGUAAAUGCCAGAUUUUUUGUAUGAAUUUUUGUGACCUAUUCCUUUUAUAACGUAUAAAGUUUGCUUCUCACACAACACUUUACUGUACGAAUACAGUACAUACUACACAGAAUAUUUACAUGGUCAUGUGCAUUACAGUAUUUAUAGUAUUUUAGUGUGCUGUGUUUUAUUACUCAAAUCAAGCCUUAUACAUUGUUUAUUUAUCUAUUUGAUUUACUUAUACAUGUUUUACAAGUCAAUACAUUUUUUUGAAGGGAUACAUUCUGUACUGUUUAUAUGAAAAGAAAAAAAUGUAAUGGUUUUUAAAAAUGUAUGUUAACCCUUAAACACAAUGCAACUCAUUGUAAAAUACAAGUAAUAAAUCAAUACAUAUUAUUAUACAUUGUGCCCUAUAGAUUUUUUAACACCGUGUUAUUUGUAAUCUCUAAUAGUCCUAAAUACCCAGAGCCCAUCACCCAGACAAAUAACGUUUUCUUCGGAAGUAAAACAAGUGUUGUUGAAUAGUGGGACAGUUGCCAUAGUCACUGCUUACUUUAAUUGACUCAUGUUGUGUAUGAAAAUAACACAACUAGUGGGAGUUGUUGUUAUUUGACUGGAAAAGGCGCAGUGCAAAGUGCAGGAUUCCAAACAUAGUGAUUUUAAAAUUGAUUCCAGUUGUAAAUGCAACAAAGUAAAUAAAUGAUGCCGAAUGUGCAAAACAUUUGGAAAACUUUAGUAAAGUCUUAUGAAUUGAUUUUAUGUGAGUUAUAACAUUUCUGAAGUCUUAAUUUUUUUUUAUUCUUUUUUUAAUAUGAAUAGAUGCUUGUCUCUGCUGUGAAUGUAUUUGAGCAUUUUUUAUGUAUACAAAGUGAACUGAAUUUUUUGUGUUGUUCUAGUGCUGCCUAUUUAAAAACCAUCAGUGUUAUUCAGUCCAAAGGCGUGGAUUUAUUACAGCCAGACGUAUGUUGCUCAGCAGACUUACACAAUGAAUUGUAACCUCUCACACCUCUGUACAUGUCAGAGGCAGCGUGUAAUAAAUUCUGCUUUUUGAAAGUG